AUGACAUUGGAGGUUAUCUACGUGACACGCCACGGUUUCCGCUCCAACUGGCUGGUCGACCAUACCAACGGUAGUUACUCGUCCACUCUCAGGUCCCCUACGGGUAUAGCCGCAGACCCAGCCCUCACAGCCCAUGGCGUAGAUCAAGCCAAGGAGCUGGGCCAGCGUUUGGUUGCAGUAGACCCGCCCAUAGAGCGUGUUUACUCUAGUCUGUACUAUCGUUGUUUACAGACGGUAGAACCAUUCGUCCGAGCAGUAUCGACCUCUCCAUCAUCUUUGCCAGAAGAAGCCAAAGAGGGCACUCGCCACUGCCAGCGACAGCUGCGUGUUCGAGGAGAAACAGGACUAGGCGAGUGGUACGGUUCGGCGCCCUUCGAACACCCCGUACCUGCGAGCCUUGCCACGCUCGAGUCUCAUUUCCCUUGCCUGCUGGACCGUGAUUAUCAGCCGGCAGUAGUACCGACACGGAUGGGCGAAAGUGUCGAUGAACUGCAUGACCGCCUGGCUGUUACCUUGGAGCGGCUAAUUGCCGAGUGUGAUAGGGAUGGCAUUCGUGCCGUUCUUCUCUGCUCGCACGCUGCGCCCAUCAUCGCUCUUGGUCGUGUUCUGACUGGCAAUAUGCCGGAGAACAUCGAGGUCGAAGACUUUCGAGCCUUUACCUGCGGCCUAAGUGUGUUUCGGCGACGAAAGGGGGCUUCGUCAAGAGCCAACGGGUCUCGCACGGCCACCAACACGGCCAGUAUGACUGCGGGCGCAUCUCGGACCCAGACGGUGGCAAAUCGCAGCAUCAGCAGCGGCGUGAACAACACCAGCAACAUCCUCGGCAUCACUCCUGGAAUGGCAAAGCAAACCCCUAAAGCAGGUACCGGUGAUCUUCAGGGUGCGGAGAGUGAUCCACGGCAGCAGGGUCUUCAUGCUCCCGUAGUCUGGAGGGGUGGCCGAGGCGUAAAGGGUGGUUGGGACUGCGAACUGAACAGUGACUGUUCCCAUCUUUCUCAGGGAGAGGAACGAGGAUGGCGCUUCGCGGGCGACGAGUCCUUUAAGGAUGUCCCUAAUAUGAGCAUACUGGAUGCUGGAAUAUCACUGGGCGUCGUGGUGGAGGGCAACAAAGAGAGUGGCAAGUCUCACGGGAAAUCUUCCACUGGAGGCUCUCGUCUCUGA